AGUGCAGUGGGUGGGGCUUGUAACUAAUGGACAGGAGAAUUUGCUGACUGGACGAACUAAAAAUAGAGACAGGAGUAGCCUUUAUAAAAGGAGGAGAGAGAGAGGGAGCAGGAGAGAUAGAUAUGGCAUCAGGAGUGAGUGACUGUACAGUGAAUAUCUCUACUGCUGAUGGAGGGACAGAACUGGACUUUUCUUUAAAAGAACCUCCACAUUCAUGGAAACAGCUCCAAAGCUGCGAGGAGUUUGUAGGAGCUAAAAGAAGCAAGCACACGAUGGUGGCCUGGGACGACAAGGUGUACGUGUUUGGAGGUGACAAUGGGAAGAGAAUGUUGAACGAUUUCCUUGUCUCUCAUGUAAACGACUCCAGCUGGGCCAGGGUUGUCAUAACAGGAGGCCAGGCCCCGCCCCCUAGGUACCACCAUUCAGCUGUUGUGUUCCGUAACUCUAUGUUUAUAUUUGGAGGCUACACCACUGGCGAUAUUAAUUCGAAUUCUAAUUUAAGGAACAAGAAUGAUCUUUACGAAUAUAAUUUCACGACCAGUCAGUGGAUUGACUGGGCCGAUAAGGUAACUGGACCACUCCCACCUGCUCGCUCCGCCCACGGAGCCGUCAUAUAUGAUAACAGAUUGUGGAUAUUUGCCGGUUACGAUGGAAACACUCGACUGAACGACAUGUGGUCUAUUGAUCUUACAAGUGCCACGCCUACCUGGGAGAGAAUCGACCAAUCAGGUGACAGCCCUCCCACUUGCUGUAAUUUCCCAGUGGCAGUUGUUGGUCGGAGUAUGUACAUGUUCUCUGGUCAGAGUGGAGCUAAGAUCACUAACAACAUGUAUGAGUUCAAGUUUAACGAGAGACUGUGGGUCCGUAUUCCAACGGAGCACCUGCUGAAAGGAGACACUGCCCCUCCUCAGAGGAGGUAUGGCCACAGUAUGGUCGCUUAUGCUGGCCAGCUGUACGUGUUUGGAGGAGCAGCUGAUGGUAUUUUAGAUAAUGAGGUUCACUGCUUCAACGUUGAGACUAGGAACUGGUCGAUUAUAAAACCUUAUGAUGGAAGUCAAGUACCUUCAGCCAGGGUGUUCCACACUGCGGCAGUCUCCAGGGACUGUAUGUACGUGUUUGGAGGUACGGUUGACUCCAUUGCUAGCAGAAGUGGAGAACUGUUUCGCUUUAAGUUCUCGUCCUUCCCUCCCUGUACUUUGAUAAAGGACCUCACCAAACUCCUCCAUGAUCUUCCUCUUUGUGACGUUCAUUUCAUCGUGGGUGACAAAGAGAGGAACAUCAUUAAAGCACAUGCCGCCAUUGCUGCUGCUCGCUCUCCUUAUCUCCGUAGGAAGAUCCUUGAAGCUUAUGAGAAACCUUCAGGAGAAGAAGAACUCCCGCCAUUCAUUCCUUCGUCUCCUGUAGAGGUCACUCUUGGGGGUGUGUCCACGUCCACAUUCUCUCAUUCCAUGUAUUACAUGUAUACCGAUCGGAUUCAUCCGGAGCUUGAAGCCCCACCCCAGGGGGACCAGGUUCUGCUCAUGAUGGAACUCUACAAGUUUUCGUUGCUUUUGGAGGCUCGGAGACUUGAGCUGUUGUGUAUGCAGUAUCUUGAGGCUUCAGUAAAUGUUGAUAAUGUCCUUCUGGUUCUUGAGAAUGCGUCAGAGUUGAACCUCCAGCGACUGAAGGAAUACUGCAUGAAGUUUAUAGUGAGGGAGAAUAAUUAUCGCAAGAUAAUAAUGAUGCAGUCGUUUGAGAGGCUAGACCACCCCCUGAUGGUGCAGAUAGUUAGACGCCAGCAGUACAGGUCCCGCCCUACCUCUCCCAGCCCAGAGUCCGAUGAUCAGCCAUUACCUUCAACCCUUCAAGAUGACCUUAGGCUGUUCCUAUUAUCAGACUAUGGUCGUCCAUUAUCAGAUAUUGUUCUUAAAGUUGGUGAUCAAAAGGUCUUGGCACACAAACCUUUACUAGCUGCCCGUUGCUCUUAUUUUGAAGCUUUCUUUCGCUCGUUUAUGCCGUCAGACAAUCAAAUAGAGAUAUCAUUUGGGAGGACUGUCCCAAGCCAGCAAGCGUUCCAAUCCCUCCUUAAAUACGUUUAUUAUGGAGACACUGAUGUCCCUCCUGAAGAUGCUCUAUACAUAUUCUCAGCUCCUAACUUCUUUGGAUUCUCCAACAACUGCUUACACAUCCAUUGUAAAGCAAUCCUGGAACAGAACAUUAGCAUCAGUAACGUAGUCUCUCUAUUGGAAGCAUCUGAUCUCAUUUCACUGGCAGAGAUGAAGGAACAUUGUCUUAAACUUAUUUCUGAACAUUUUCCAUCUCUUGUUCAUCAGCCGGAGUUCAGGGACUUGAAUAAAUCUCUCCUUCUUGACGUUCUGGAAGUGAUUGCAAAGAAAAUUGCUUAAACAACCAAUCUAUUAUUUUUUUUUUUUAUUUUUUUUUUUAUCAUCAUUAUUAUUUAUCAUCAGUUAUCUUUCUUGUUAGAACAAUUAUAGUAUUUUUUGUUAAUUUUUAUAAGUACUUGUACAAGCAACUGUUUAAACGUUUAUUCUUGCACUAAAAUAAGAUCCACUCUCAGUUAGUUUGACUGUUCCUUUUA